AUGCCAGUACUACCCAGCAAAAUGGAGCAAAUUGGAGAGCAGCGCCCCCUGAGCCCGGAAAACUGGACCGUUGACGACAGGAUCCACGAUUCCAAAUUGACUCAAAAAAACAAUCUCUACAGCGAUAUGCUCUCACUCUGGCCCACGGCCGCUGCAGGAUACCAGGAACUUGCGCUUCAGCGAUUGAAGUUGCAGGAAGCGUCGACUCUUCGAUCCUAUCAUAAGUCGGAGAGCGAAUCGCGGAAAAGGGAUGCCACGAAAGAGUUGUUACGGGAGGAAGAAUUGUAUCGUAAAGAAUGUGAACAGCUAGGAGGUGAGGAUUCGCAGAAUUCGGGUUGGAUGAUGGUGACUGAGUUACGCAACGAAGCCGCAAGAAAUGCUGGUGCAGCUCAAGAACAAUUUGCAUAUGAGAAUGACAAUGACAGGGACAGCAACAGCGAGAGUGAAAUUGGAGUUGAAAGUGGUACUGAUAGUGAGAGUGAGAUUGAGAGUGAAAAUGGGAGCGAGAACGAGAACGAGAGCGACAGUAAUAGUGACAACUGGGAUUGGGUUCAUCGCUAUGAUUUCGAACGAUAG